AUGAAGACGAAAGGCCGUGCUGAGAAAACUGAAAUUGACCGUGCUAGGAAACAUCUGCACUUUAUUGGGAAUGAGGCAGAUAAUAGCGUGCCUUUAUGUCAACAAGCCAACCGAGCAAGUGGCCGGCUUGGAGCUCGACGAGUUAUGAAAUCACUCAAGGCUAAGAAAGUGGUCACAAAAGAUAUUGAGGACACAAAGCCAUUGAUUCAGAUUGAGGAUGACAAUGUGAAAGCUAGAUCGAGUAGGAAGCAAAUGUAUGGAAAUGUUACUAGUGUUAGAAUAUCACUUAUGGAGGAGGAUUCGAGCUUCAGUCACACAACCGGGUUCCGGAAAAAAAUCGUAGAUGCUCUGAGAAAACCUUUUGAUAAAGGGGAAUUGAAAAUGCUUCGGAAAGCAGUCAUAGAUGGGUCAUAUUAUUUUAUUAUCCAGAAUUCAUCAGAAACGGAUUUCUUUUCUGAAUAUGGUGAUGCAAGCCGAUAUAAAAUCCUGGAGGUCAUAGGUAAAGGUAGCUAUGGUGUUGUUUGCUCGGCACUCGAUACUCUUACUGGUGAAAAGGUCGCAAUAAAGAAAAUACACGAUAUCUUCGAGCACAUUUCUGAUGCUGCCCGAAUUCUGCGUGAGAUAAAGCUUCUGAGGCUUUUGAGACACCCAGAUAUCGUUGAGAUUAAGCACAUUAUGCUUCCGCCUUCAAGAAGAGAAUUCAAAGAUAUCUAUGUCGUUUUUGAGCUUAUGGAAUCAGAUCUACAUCAAGUCAUUAAGGCUAAUGAUGACUUGACUCGGGAACAUUAUCAAUUUUUCCUUUACCAAUUGCUCCGUGCCCUCAAAUAUAUACACACAGCUAAUGUAUAUCAUCGAGACCUAAAGCCAAAAAAUAUUCUGGCGAAUGCAAACUGUAAACUCAAGAUAUGUGAUUUUGGAUUGGCUAGAGUAGCAUUCAGUGAUACACCGACAACAAUAAUGUGGACGGACUACGUUGCUACAAGAUGGUAUAGGGCUCCUGAAUUAUGUGGCUCCUUCUUCUCAAAGUACACUCCAGCAAUUGACAUGUGGAGUAUUGGUUGCAUUUUUGCCGAGGUACUGACAGGCAAACCACUUUUCCCGGGAAAAAAUGUGGUUCAUCAGUUGGAUUUGAUUACUGAUCUUCUUGGUACGCCGUCCAUGGAUACCAUUUCUCGGGUUCGAAAUGAGAAGGCUAGAAGGUAUCUUACUAGCAUGAGAAAGAAGCAGCCUAUCCCGUUUUCUCAGAAAUUUACCAAUGCUGAUCCUUUGGCCCUUCGACUCAUGGAGAAGCUGCUUGCUUUUGAUCCAAAGGACCGUCCAACUGCUGAGGAGGCACUCGCUCAUCCAUACUUUAAGGGACUAGCAAAAGUUGAGAGAGAACCUUCACGCCAGCCAAUUUCAAAGUUGGAAUUUGAAUUUGAAAGGCGAAGAGUGACCAAGGAGGAUGUUCGUGAGUUAAUAUUUCGUGAGAUACUAGAGUAUCAUCCUCAGCUGCUCAAGGAUUACAUCAAUGGAGUUGAGAGAACUAAUUUUCUCUAUCCCAGUGCCGUUGAUCAGUUCAAAAAUCAGUUUGCUCAUUUAGAAGAAAAUGGUGGUAAAGGUGGAACUUCGAUUCCACUCGAAAGAAAGCAUGCCUCCCUUCCUAGGUCCACCAUUGUACAUUCCAAUACGGUACCACUAAAAGAGCAAACAACUAUUGCAAUUGCAAAAGAUAAGCAGAAUUGUGAGCAACCAUUCAGCAGAAACUCGAGAGGUUUUGACGGGCCUCACGAUAGUUUAUCGAGAAACUUGCAGCCACAACAAAGGAUUACACAUGCUAAACCGGGCAAAGCUGUCAGGCCCGUCCCUCCUUACGAGAACAACAUUGUAUCACCCCAAGUUUAUAACCCGUUGCCUUACGGCUACCAAAGAAAUCAGGGCCCGGUAAAAGCUGCAUCGAAGGUAGAUAAUGAGAUAGCCAUAAAUAUAGACAGCACCAAUCCAUUUUACGAGGCCCAAGCGGGGCCCACUAAGAUGGUGGACCGCGCGGAUGAAAGAGUGGUAAUGAUUGACACGAAUCUGCUGCAGUCGAGAGCCCAAUCCAUUGGUGUUGCACACAGGAAAGUGGGUGCUUUGCAAUAUGGUAUGGCAAGAAUGUAUUAGCCCUUUAGGGUGUAUUGAUAUGAUAUGUGUGUGUGUGUGUGUGUGUGU